AUGGCAGAUUCGUCUCGGAGAACCGUGCUUGUAACCGGAUCUGGUGGCCGCACAGGCCAAAUUGUGUACAAAAAAUUAAAAGAGAGAGCAAACCAGUAUGUUACCAGAGGCCUUGUUAGAACAGAAGAAAGCAAACAGAAAAUCGGUGGUGCAAAAGAUGUUUUUGUUGGGGAUAUCAGAGAUGCUGAAAGUAUUACUCCUGCAUUUCAAGGUAUAGAUGCUCUCAUAAUUCUCACAAGUGCAGUUCCACAAAUGAAGCCUGGGUUUGAUCCAACAAAAGGUGGAAGGCCUGAGUUCUAUUAUGCUGAUGGAGCAUAUCCUGAACAGGUUGACUGGAUUGGGCAGAAAAAUCAAAUAGAUGCUGCCAAGGCUGUAGGAGUGAAGCAUGUCGUGUUGGUUGGGUCUAUGGGUGGAACAAACCCUAAUCAUCCGCUGAACAGCUUGGGAAAUGGGAAUAUAUUGAUUUGGAAGAGAAAGGCUGAGCAAUAUCUGGCUGAUUCUGGCAUUCCAUACACAAUUAUAAGGCCUGGUGGUUUGAUAGAUAAAGAAGGAGGUAUUAGGGAACUCAUUGUGGGAAAAGAUGACGAGCUUCUCCAGACUGAAACCAAAGCCAUUCCUCGAGCUGAUGUUGCUGAAGUUUGCGUUCAGGCAUUGAGUUUUGAGGAGGUUCAAUUCAAGGCUUUUGACUUGGCAUCAAAACCUGAGGGAGUAGGUACCCCAACGAAGGACUUCAAAGCUUUGUUUUCCAAUAUCACAGCUCGGUUUUGA